AUGUUCUGCUAUGCGCGAGCGUCAACUUCAAGCAGUAGCUCGAAAGCCUCGCUGACAAACGAGCCUGGCAUUGAACCCAGCAAGGCAGUGGAAUGCGCUAACAUAAAGAGCUAGACUACUUGAGUUGGCCGCGGAAUGGUUGCCAGCAGUGCCAGCUACCCAAACACGAAGCUACAGCGGCAUGGGGACACAACAAAACAGGCCGGCAUCGCGUGGACGCCUGCCUGCGGGAGCGCGUCUAACAACAACAGGCACUUUCGGCACCAUGUGUCCGCGAACGGUGGGGGAAGCGGCUUCCUGGACGGAGCGAAGGCAGUCGGCAUCUUGGAGGCUGACGAUGUUGCCGGGGUCGCAACCAGCGGCAAUUUUGCGUUGACUCUGGAGGCCAGACUGAGCCCCGCCGGCCCCGAGGGCUACGGCCUGUUGGUGCUGUCGUGCGCCCGUGUGGAGACUGGCGUGACGCAGCUGUUGGCGCUGCAGAUCGACAGCGACUGGAACAGCGCCAGCCUACUGGUCCUGCACUGCCGCACGCCACGAACCGCGGGCCUGGACCGCAGCCCCUCCGCCUCCUCAUCCAACUCCUCGACAGCACCAUCCGCAGCAGCUGCUGCAUCCAGCUCGCCCGGCGGGAAGCUUAGCACGAUGAGCACGGUGACGCCGUCGCCGUCGCUGGCGCUGACGGUGGUGGCUCGGCUGUCUUCGGCUCGGCUGGCGGCGCCACCUGGCCGCGAGCCCGAUGACUUCCACACCCUGGAGCUUCACUGCCGUCGCGGCAACACGUUGUCGCUUUGGAGCGACGGGCGCGUUGUGUUUGCGUCUGUGGAUGUGCGGCGCGCUCUGGGGCUGGCACAGCAACGCACCGCAGGCCCCGCCGCCGCCGGCCUCCGCGCCGCCGCCGCCUCGCCGCUCACCGGCCCUCUGGGACUGGGUGUGGGCUCGGCACGCAUGGACUUCAGGUGUUGGCGCGUGGCGAGCCUGGCGGCGUCAGGGGCGGCGGGACCCCUGGCGGCGCGAGGGAUGCACGCGGCCUUGGCGGCGGCCGAGGUGGGCGAUGCGGAGCGCGCUGGCGCGUGGGGAGGCGUGGGAGAGUGGGGCGCGACGGGCGGAGGGCGCCGUUGUGAAGAGGAGGAGGAGGAGGAGGAGAUGGCAGCUGCAGGAUGGGGGUCGGAGGACGGCGGCGGACAAGGUCAGGAGGGGUCGAGGAGGUGGAGGGACGUGGACGAGGGCGGCAGCGGCUGCGGCUACGGCCACAGCAGUGACCGGUAUGACCGCGGCGGCGGCGGCGGCGGCGGCGGCGGCGGACGGUGGGCGCGAGAGGCUGGUGGGCGAGGCCGAGGCGGCUACGGGCAUGCACACGAGGAAGGGGACGACGGUGACGAGGAAGGCCACGAGUUUAGGCCGCCCGCUGCCGCCCGCAGAGCUGCCCGCGCGCUCAACGCGCCGGCGCACACUGCCCUGGCGGCGGCCGCGAGCGCCGUGACAAGCAAGUGGAGCCGCAGGCCGUACAUCGCGGACCUGGAUCCGCAGCUGGUGGACGCGGUGAUGAGGGAGGUGGUGCCGCCGCCGCCCAGACAAGGCAACGGCCGGCGGGGCGGCGGCGUGCGGCUGUCAGAUGUACUGGUCCGUGACGAUGCCAAGCAGCUGCUGAGUGAGAGUGUGGUGAUGCCGCUCAUACUGCCGGAGCUGUUCGCGGGCGCUCUGGAGCCGUGGCGGGGCGUGUUGCUGUUCGGGCCGCCCGGCACCGGCAAGACGCUGCUGGCCCGGGCGGUGGCGGCCACUGCUGACGUCACCUUCUUCGCGGUCGGCGCAGCCGCACUCACCAGCAAGUGGCGAGGCGACAGCGAGAAGAUGGUGCGCACGCUGUUUGCGGUGGCGGAGGCGUGCGCCCCCGCGGUGGUGUUCGUGGACGAGGUGGACGCACUGGUGGGCGGCGGCGGCGGCGCAGGAGCCAUGGACGGCGGCGGUGGCGGCGGUGACGGCGACAGUGAGGCCAGCCGCCGCUUCAAGAGCGAGCUGCUGCAGCAGAUGGACGGCCUGACCAGCCGCACCGGCUCCGGCCACCCCGGCGCCCGCUCCACCGCCGCCUCGGGCGUGCUGGUCCUGGCCGCCAGCAACAGCCCCUGGGACAUCGACCCGGCCUUGCGGCGGCGGCUGGAGAAGCGCAUCUACAUCGGGCUGCCCGAGCUGACGGCGCGGCGCGGCAUGCUGGACCUGUACCUGCCGGAGCAGGGCUGCCGGCUAUCUCCGGACGUGGACCUGGACCAUCUGGCGGCCCGGCUGCAGGGGUACAGCGGCGCCGACAUAAAGCUGCUGUGCAGGGAUGCGCUGAUGGCUCCGCUCCGGCGGCUCACGGGCGGACACACGCCCGCGCACUACCGGCGGCUGCGCAAGGCACUGGGGCUCGAGGGCGGCGGAGGCGGAGGCGGGCGAGGGGGCGGAGGCGGGGGCGCGGAAACAGGGGAACGUGGCGGUGGCGGUGGUGUUGGGCCGCUGCUUGAGGUGACACGGGCGGAUGUCGAGGGCGCGCUGAAGCGAAUCCGGCCCUCCGUGGGUCGGGAGCAGGUGGCUAGGUACGAGGAGUGGGACCGGCUCUUUGCUGCGGCGUGAGGACUCUUUAUAUUAUAAAGAUAUGCGAGCGACGGAGGAGGAGGUGCAGGAGGAGGUGGUUGUGAAUCCGAGAAAGUGCAUGGGAGCGCGCUCCAGGCCUCUGUCAAAACCCCUUCAUGUCCAGCU